ACAAGCUCAGCGGUGGCUCCGCUGCAGUCCCUCCCUGGCACAGAGGACCACACCGGAGAAAUGAGCUCGUCCUCCGCCGUCUGCACUGCAUUAACGUGAGUGCGUAACGGCUCUUUUUCACGGAAACACACGCGUAUACAGAGGACCUGCACCGGUCUGCUGUUUCCAACCCCCCCAGCUUGGUGUCGGAUAGUCCCACCGGCAGCUCGGACCAUGGCGGAAAGAAGCGGCCGGCUGAGUUUCCCCGGGAGCGGGGCUCUCAACAGACCGGUUCCCAUGAACCUGUUUGCAACGUGGGAGAUAGACGGAUCGUCCCCGAACUGCAUCCCGAGAUUGUGCAGUCUGACCCUGAAGAAGCUGGUCGUCAUGAGGGAACUUGAUAAAGAGCUGAUUUCUGUGGUCAUAGCAGUAAAAAUCCAGGGCUCCAAACGGAUUUUAAGGUCCCAUGAGAUUGUGCUGCCACCCAGUGGGUCUGUGGAGACUGAUCUGGCUCUCACCUUCUCGCUGCAGUACCCACACUUCUUAAAGCGGGAAGGAAACAAGCUGCAGAUCAUGCUCCAGCGGCGGAAAAGAUACAAGAACCGAACCAUUUUAGGCUACAAGACUCUCGCGAUUGGAUCUAUCGAUAUGUCAGAGGUGAUGCAGCACCCGACAGAGGGAGGCCAGGUUCUGCCUCUCUGCAGCAACCAGAAAGACAUGCUUGGAAAAGUGGCAGAGAUCUGGAUCUUUUCCCUGUCCAGUCAGCCAAUAGACCAUGAGGAGGCAGCCCUGCAGGGGGGACAGAAGAUCAAAUGCUCUGAUAACUACUCAGAAGAAGAGUACGAGAGCUUCUCCUCAGAGCAGGAGGCCAGCGAUGACGCCGUGCAGCCACAGGAUCUCGAGGAUGACGAGUAUGACGUGAGAAAACCAAAGAAGCAAAGGAGGUCGAUUGUAAGGACUCCCUCCAUCACCAGACAGCAGAACUUUAAGCAGCGUGUGGUGGCUCUUCUGAAGAGGUUCAGAGUUUCAGAUGAGGUGUUGGACUCGGAGCAAGAUCCUGCAGAGCCACCUCCCGAUGUGGAGGAGGAGGAUGUGGACCUGGACAGCGUGGAGUUUGAGAACCCCAGCGACAGCGGCCCAGACAUGGAUGAUGACGACAGCGUCCUCAGCACGCCGAAACCUAAACUCAAGCCAUAUUUCGAGGGUCUCUCCCUCUCGAGCUCUCAGACUGAGAUUGGCAGCAUCCACAGCACUCGGAGCCACAGGGAGCCUCCCAGCCCGGUUGACCCAGAUAAAACCAAGUGCACCGGGGAUGACGGCGUGUCUGAUAACAUCCCUUUUGAGCAGCCAGAGGCGGUGACCCCAACCACAGAGCUGGAGAUGGACAACAUGGACACGUUUUUAGAGAGACUCCCACCGAGUGGCAAAAUGACCAAAACAGAGUCUCUUAUCAUUUCAUCCAACAGGCAGGAACCAAAGUUGGCAGGGAGGCGAGGCAGGAGCACAUCGCUGAAGGAGCGCCAACCCAGCAGGCCCCAGAAUGAGAGGGCCAACAGCCUGGACAAUGAGCGGUCUCUGGAUACCAGAUGCCACCUACAGAUUCCCAGAAAGACAGUGUAUGACCAACUUAACCACAUCCUGGUAUCUGAUAACCACCUCCCUGAUAGUAUCAUCCUCAUCAACACGUCUGACUGGCAGGGCCAGUAUCUUUCAGACAUGCUGCAAAACCACCAUCUGCCAGUGGUCUGCACCUGCACCACGGCUGACAUCCAAGCUGCGUUCAACACCAUCGUCUCCCGCAUACAGAGAUUCUGCAACUGUAACUCCCAGACGCCUGUUCCUAUAAAGAUAGCGGUGGCCGGAGCGCAGCACUACCUCAGUGCAGUUCUGAGGCUUUUUGUGGACCACCUGUCCCACAAAACUCCUGACUGGCUCGGCUACAUGAGGUUCCUCAUCAUCCCUCUAGGUGCACAUCCAGUCUCCAAGUAUCUCGGCACUAUUGACUAUCGAUACAACAGUUUGUUCCAAGAUGCUGCCUGGAGGGACCUGUUUCACAAAUCAGAGGCUCCAGUUGUUGUCCAGGAGAACCCAGAUGUAGUUUCCAGGGUAACACAGUAUAUGGUGGGAGCUAACGGAGCUCACCAGCUCCCUAUCGCAGAGGCCAUGCUCACCUACAAGCAGAAGAGGAAAAAGAGCUUUCAUUUUGAUUUUGCAGUAAGCCCAGAUGAGGAUUCAUGUCAGAAAUUCAUUCCUUUUAUCGGGAUGGUGAAAGUUGGCAUUGUGGAGCAAACAGCUGCAACAUCAGGAGACUCUGAUGAUGCAGCGCCUCUGGGCUCCUCGCUGCUCUCCUCCACCCCUCCACAGGUAUCACCCGCUUUCAAAGAGGCAUCGCCCACGCCGCCCUCGUCUCCCUCUGUCAACACCAGCUUUUGUGCUUACAGCUCUGGUGGUCAGGUGGAGCUCAUGGGGCUUCAGGUGGACUACUGGGUGGCUCCGACAGAAAGGAAGAAAGAUGUGGAGAAGCGAGACUCCUCCUCCAAAAACACUCUCAAGUGCAAUUUCCGCUCGCUGCAGGUCAGCCGGCUGCCACUGGGGGGCGCAGAGCCAAGCUCCCAGCCCACCAUGUCUAUGACUGUGGUGACCAAGGAGAAGAAUAAGAAGGUCAUGUUCCUGCCAAAAAAGAGCAAAGACAAGGAGGUGGAGUCAAAGAGUCAAGUGAUUGAGGGCAUCAGCCGCCUCAUCUGCACUGCCAAGCACCAGCAGACCAUGCUGAGAGUGCUGAUCGACGGCGUCGAGUGGAACGAUGUCAAGUUUUUCCAGCUGGCUGCUCAGUGGUCCUCACACGUCAAACAUUUCCCCAUUGGGAUCUUUGGACACACGAAAGGCCCUUAUUAGCAGCACCUAAGAGACUGAAACAUGGAGGACAGCAAACCCACCCUCCCUGCCUCCCUCCCUCGUGCCAAGAGCUCUUAACCCCCUUCCUCCUACCUUCGCCUGCACAGUUCCUCCUAUUCUGCUGUCUUAAUUUAAACUCCUGCUUUCCACACUUGCAUUGUCCCCGUUAUUUAAUCUUUUGCGUGUUUUUUGUUUUGUUUUGUUUUGUUUUUUAAUUUUCUAUUUAUGUAAACACAUCUCAAGGCAGAGCUGCUAUGAGAAUAUUUCUUUACUUGGCUUUUUAAAACAAAAAUCCUGCUGACGUUUUAUAGACUUUUGAGGAAAAAACAUUAAUUGAAUAACAACUAGAAAUGACUUCUAACCUUUAACAUAAUGAGUGCCCUGGUUUCACUUGGCCAUCAGUUUUUUCGUUGUUGUUUCUUUCCUUUUCAAAUUCGAUGAGGAUGGUUUUAAACACUUGGCCAGCACAAUUAAUCACAGCUAUAUUAUAAAAAAGAGCCAUCUGCCUCAUAAUAAAGGUCAUAUUUUCUAAUUACAGAGAAGAAAUUUUGGAUUUACAGCCACAGAGACUGUUGGCAGUUCAUUGUCUUAAGCCAGAGGGAGAAAGGAUAAACGGCCUCCGUGAAGAAGUGUAAUGUGCAAUAGACGAAAUAUUGUGUGAAUGCGAUUCUGCUAGAAGAUUUCACACUGCUCUUAGUGGUGAUUUUCACUCUUUGCAUCCCUUCUCUUCUUUACUUUACCCUCCUGAUAAACUAGUUCAAGGUUUGAAGAGAAGCUUUUUAUAUUAGAAUUACGAGCGCAGUUAACCACAAACUUACAGGAAAAACUUUGGGAAAUGCUAUCUUGUUGAGAAUUGAAUGAGAAGAUUAAUACCUCUUAUUUUUUAUGGUAAAUUUGAAGCUAUAGUUGUUUACAGUAGAGUAAAUAGGUACCCUUGUUCUUUUGAAAAGUAAAAGAAUAACUACUUACCAGCACUUCUGAACCUCACUUAAUUAAAACCUUAUAUCUUGUAUGUUUAACCCCUAUAGAAACUGAGCCAACCUAACCGUUUCUAUGUUUAGUAGAGUAAGAAUGGGGCAUUGUGGUUUUAUAGCUGGCACAUAAUGCACCCUCCCUCCAUCACACACAAAAUAAAUAAAUCAGGUUUUAUACAUUCUAUAUAAAGCUAAGCUAAUGGUUAAUGACUGACCCGGCUCUAAACAAACGGAACAAAAUCUUCUUACCAGCAUCUCCCGAUCUCACCGUCUAUCAAACAUCCACAUAGAAAAUGAGACAGGGUAGCUAUUGCUCUGUUUGCAGCGCUGAGCUACGCUAAUUGGCUGCUUACACAUCUGGUAUCAACUACAGUACUGUGCAAAGGUUUUGAGACACCUCUCAUUUCUUUAUACUUUGCAGGAAAAUUAGAAAUAUGUGCAGUGAGUUAUUGAAAAACGAAGCACAAAACAGAAUAUGCAUCAUUCUAAUGAGCUUGAAAGUCAAUAUUUGGUAUGACUAUCUUUGUUCUUCAACACAUCCUGAACUCUGUUAGGCAAGAUUUCUUGUCAUUUAUUUAAGUAGUUUUCAGGAAUAGUUCUCCACGACAUUCAUAGCUCUUCUCUAGAUGUAGACAUUGCUUUCCAGAUGAUAUUGCACGGUGGAUUAAAAUCUGACUGUACUUUUUCUGUGUUCAUAAUUCCCUCCAUUUUUCCAUCAACAACUGGCUGAAAUGCAGCCCCAAACCAUGACAGAGCCUCCACUAUGUUUUACAGAUGGCUGUAGACACUCACAGUUGUACCUCUUUGCUCUCUCUUUGUACAUAUUUGAGAGUAUUUAUUACUCCAUAUGACCUGUUGCCACAGAUUUUUUGUGUAGUUCUUGUGUAAUUUGACUUACUUCAGCCUUUUCUCCCUGUUUCCCUUCUUUAUAAAUCACUUCGUGACAACCACCGUUCUAGCAUUUCUGAUGAUAAGCAAACAGCAGAUGGAUAAACUCACUUUUUAUAGAUUCAGCUAAAGAAAAUUCGAAAAAAAUAUGUGUUUAUGACAGGCUGACAGUAACACAGGGCCUCAAAAAAUUUAAAACUUCUUGUUUUUAUGUUCUGACACAACACUGGUUCAUCCCUUAAAUUUUGAUUUUAUUUUUUUUCAUGCUUGAAUGAUUCAUAGUUCAGUUUUUGGUACCACAAAAAAACGUUCCUCUGAAAAUAAUCAAGCGCAAGGGCUGAACUGAACAGGAGUUACAAACCACCCAAUGUCCAAAGAAAAACUUUGAAAACCCUUCAGAAAUUCUGGAGAACUAUUUCUCAAUACCACUUAAAAAACAUUCCAAGAAAAUCUGUCUCCUUGGAAGCAAAAUAUAAAGACACGAGGGGUAGUUCAAGACUUUUGCACAGUACUGUACUUGAGAAAGUUGGAGCCCAAUGUCCACUGUGUUUCCUAAGAGUUAUCUGAAUGAAUCAGACUCUGCACAAGUGUGGCACACAUCAGCUCAGCCAAAAUUAGGAAAUGCCCCACUGAUUAUUGGAGAAAAAUUGACCACUUCCUGUUUUGUUUUAGUUUUUUGUUUUGUUUUUUACUAUAAUAAAAUCAAUAAAUAAUCUAUUGAAGCCAUGGGAGAGGUCAUUAUCAGGACAAAAAUACAUAUAUGCCCUUUACAUUUAUACCCUUCUUCACUCAUUCCAGAGCCAUCCAGUGGCCCGAAUUAGAGCCUUCGCUGGGCUGAUUCUGGCCCCCGGGCCUCAUGUUCGACACCCCUACCCUAAGGGUAGAUUUUGGUUGUGAAUGAACCCUGAAAAAGUCAAUAAACUCUAUAGUAGUCAUUAAGAAAACAGUGUAAAAAUGAUUAAAUCCAGUCUUGCAAAAAUGUUUUCACACACGACUCCUUAAUGAAACCGGUAUCACUCUUUUAAAUGUGUCUCUUAAUGAAGCCAUGUAUGACACAAGAAUCCUACUUAAAUUAAACAGAAGUCAUCACAGUUCUUUGGUGUGUAUGCAGCAGCCAUAAUCUGCAGGCAGGUCAAAUACCAGUGCACAACGCUCAUGAUUAAUCAUAUUUAGGCAUGGUGCAGACUAAUGUCACCUCAUCUCAAAAUGUGUGGUGCUGUGGCAGUGGUACUGAUCUUCUCAUUUAACUCGGCAAAGAAAGCAAAACAGCAUAUCUCUCGAAAUGCCAAACUGUCCUUUAAGAUCAGCAUACAAGGUGAAACAAAAGCGGAGAGUGUAUUACAUUACAUUCAUGAAUUCUUCCUCUUUGAGCCCCACACUCCUCCAUACACUCCAUAUGUUCCGCUAAAAGCAAAUGUUACUUUUGCCAAAGGAAACGCUCAAGAACUGCAGCUCACUCAUUACUUGUGUGGUAUUAUAGAUGACUUCAUAAUGUAGAGGUGAAUGUAUUGACGGUACCUUAAUGUAAAGCACUUUUAAAUGUUUGUCCAGUAUAGAUUAGUAUGUUACACCCUGGGAACCUGCAGGUACUGUUGGCUGUCUGCCGUUAUGUCUGAGCAAAGUAAAACAAGCAUCCGUGUCUCCUCAGUGCUGUAAAAGCAAAGUUCAUGCUCGGCUUGAGGCCUCGUCAAACUAUUUUAGAUUUUAGUUACAUGUUCUGUGAGGUAAGCCUAGAAAGUGUAUGUGGAUUACGUCUGUAGAUUUUGCUCCAUCUUUAAUUCACUUUUAAGACUGAGUAGUAUUUUGCUUAAAUUUCUUUCAGUAGCAGUGUUAUCAUAACCUUUACCAGUUUCUUGAUAAGUGCCUAAAUUGCUUAAUUUUGACAAAUCAACUGAAGUAAAUAUCCCUCGCUGAAAUGGUGCUGAUUCGAGCCCGGACAACAACAAAAUAUCUCAGUACAGCACAUUGAUUUCGCAACACAAACACGUGCGGUGUGCAUCGGUGGGAAGUAAAGUCACGCUUGACCAGCUGAUUAUCAGUAGUUUAAAGAACACUACGGUCCAUUCAUGGCGAGCAUACAUUUGUUGUUUCUCUGUUUAGAGAAUAUUUUAGAUGUUUUUUUUCCAUGUUGUCUCAGAAAAGGCUUGUUGAAAGUUCCCUAAAGACUACCACUGUAAUCCCAACAACUGGGAGUAAUAAAACUACUAUACACACUAAAA